CGCAAAGAGGGAGGGACCUAUUCGAUUUCUCUUCUUUCUCAAUUAACCAACUCCUCUUUUCUUUCUCUCUCUUCUGUCUUACUUAACCAAAAACAAACCCCUUCUCUCAUUGUUCUUUCUCUUUCUCUCUGUUAGUUUUUAUUACUCUCUCUCACUGUUUUUUCAUGUCUUCCCUAUAAAACCCUAAUUUGCUUUCUCUGUAACACACUUCCACUUCACCGGAAAAGGAACUGAAAAACCAAGAGAAAAUUGGAUAAUGUCCUUCAAUCAAUCAAGGUCGGAUACGAACAAGAACGCCCAGUGUCCAAAAACAACGCGAUCCGCGAGCUCCAAUCAACAGCGGCGCUUCUCAGGAGCUUACGGUAAGGGCAGCGGCGCCAGCAUCGGUGGGCCCGCCCCUUCACCGUCCAUUUCAUCUAAUCGCAGUCUUAAGAAGUCUAAUAACGAUACACAAGGAGGGAAAUCUAGGGCUAAUGUAUCCAGUAUACAUUCUUGGGAUACUACUAAUGCUGCUGUACCGCGUGGUGCACAAAACGGUGCCCAUACACAGCCCCAGUUGCAAGUUUCCAAGCAAGUGGAGCCAUCGUCCACUCAAAGAAGCUCCCGACCUGUUCCGAAAGCUCCAACUUCUCAGUCUUCCUCCGUGAGUCCUGACACUGCAGCAACGAACACCCCCACAAAGGCCCCAGGAGAUGGAACCAAAGCAUUCCCAUUUCAGUUUGGGUCAAUAAGUCCGGGUUUUAUGAAUGGGAUGCAGAUUCCUGCUCAAACUAGCUCUGCUCCCCCAAAUGUGGAUGAGCAGAAACGUGAUCAGGCAUGUCAUGAUUCUUAUGGAUCUGCUCCUCCAGUGCCAACACCAUCUGUUCCUAAGCAGCAGCUACAGAGGAAGGAUCCAGGUGGUGUUGAUCAGCUCAACACUGCUGAGGCACAUCCAGUGCCGAAGCCUAAAAAGGAUGUGCAAGUCUCACCUGCACCUUCUAGCCAAAGUCAGAAACCUUCUGGUCUUCCAAUGACUGGAAUUUCUAUGCCAAUGCCAUUCCACCAGCCAUCAGAGGAAACAACUGGUAAUAUUGUUUUGACAUUGGAAACUGCACAGGGAGGAAUGCAUGAACCAGGGAGCCGUUGCCCAGAACAAGAGAGACUUGGUGCUAAUUUAUGUAGGUCUACAUCUACAGUAGUGGAUUCUAAAGAAGUAGAAAGUUCUUAUGGUGACAAGUCCUUGAGCAGAAGUGAUGGCAUUAGUAGUAAUGAAAUUGCUUUUCCAAAAUCUGGAAGAUUAGAUUGCCAGUCUGCUCCAGCUCAAGCAUCUGGAGUUUUGAAUGCAAAUGAUGGUGGUGGUGUAAGUGCAGAAAACACUGAUGCAGCUGGUGUUUCAAUUCCACGGUCAGGUUCCAAAGACAAACCCCUUAUUGAACUGAGUAGGUCAAAAAGUACUGUUUCCAAGGGAAAGAAGAAACGAAGAGAAAUUCUUCUGAAGGCGGACGCUGCCAGAACAACAUCUGAUUUCUAUAUGGCAUAUAAGGGUCCUGAAGAAAAGAAAGAAGUGCUUAUUUCUUCCGAAAGCAUUUCUGGUAACAUAAAUCUUAAGCAUUUAGCUGCUGAUGAGUCACAUGAAGAUCCCGUAUUAAGUGAGAAAGAUGCACAGGGUAAAGUUGAGCCAGUUGAUUGGGAAGAUGCUGCUGACAUCUCUAAACCGAAAUUGGAAACCUCAGAUAAUGGAGAACAGGUCCACAGGGAUAUGGUGCACGAUGACAAAUAUGGAACAGGAAAUAUGGCAAAAAAGUAUUCCAGAGAGUUUCUUCUGAAAUUUGCAGACCAAUUUAUUGAUCUUCCAGGGGGUUUUGAAAUUAAGUCUGAAAGAGAUGACCAGUCUUCUUCAGCUCAAGCAUCUGGAUGUUUGAAUGCAACCUCAAAAAAUGAUGGUGGUAAUGUAGAGAAUGUUGGUGGUGGUGGGGUAAGUGCAGAAAACACUGAUGCAGCUGGUGUUUCAGUUCCACAGUCAGGUUCCAAAGACAAACCCCUUAUUGAACUGAAUAGGUCAAAAAGUACUGUUUCCAAGGGGAAGAAGAAACGAAGAGUAAUUCUUCAGAAGGCGGAUGCUGCCAGAACAACAUCUGUUCUCUAUAUGGCACAUAAGGGUCCUGAAGAAAAAGAAAGAAAUGCUUAUUUCUUCUGAAAGCAUUUCUGGUAACAUAAAUCCUAAGCAUUUAGCUGUUGGUGAACCACAUGAAGAUCCCGUAUUAAGUGAGAAAGAUGCACAGGGUAAAGUUGAGCCAGAUGAUUGGGAAGAUGCUGCUGACAUCUCUAAACCGAAAUUGG